AUGACGAUAGUGACAGGACUCAGGACAAAAGAUUGUGGAGCCCUUUACGAAAAACAAUCGCAAGACAAAAAAACAUUUUCAAUAAAACGAUCACGUCCAAAAUGCUCACUCGACAGUUCGUUGGUUUUAACUCUACGCAUAUCAAGAUUAUUUGGAGUCGCCCCAGUGUCCUUCGAAAAACAAGGCCAUUCUAUAUUUGUCAAAGUUUCGCCUGGGAUGUAUGCUUAUAGCAACCUCCUUUUGUUUGUUCUUCAUACUGGCAUUAUAUCAGGUGUCGUCUUAGACUUCUAUGUAGAUCCAGAGAGAUGUGUGCGCGUGCGCUCAGCAAUUGCUUCUCUAAUGUGGCUCACAGAACUUGUGGUAGUAUGUGUUUUGAUGACUUUUGGCGUUUACAACGGGCCGGGACGAAUGAACUUGAAAGUGCUUUGCUUGUACUUGUGCUUCUACUUGGAGUUUAUGGCGACAUUUCCUCUGGAACUGCAGUUCAUGGUCAUCGUGAUGAAAAUCGUUUCUGCUCAGAAAGCUAUCAACAAUGCUUUGAUGGACCUCGUCUGCCAAGUUGACAACCGAGGUCAAACUGGAUGCAUAACUUGUCAAAUUUCAAAUCAAGACACAGAAUUGGUUCGUUAUCUCAUUCUAUCCUACGGUGCUAUAUGCGACGUUGUGAGACAGAUAAACGAUUCCAAUGCAAUCGUUCUGAAUCUACUGCUUUUAUCUUUCUUCCUACACUUAGUAGUUAAUCCUUACUACUUAAUCUCUUUUUGGGCUAGCACGAAACAUUGGGAAGCGAGUGCCAUGCUCCAGAUAUUUAUGUUUUCGUUCCAUACUCUCAACAUGAUGAUCAUUAUUGAACCUGCACACAGGAGUACUGAAGAGAUGGAAGCUACCCAAGCUCUAUUAGGCCAACUGACACGCAGAGUCACGAACCCAAGUGAACCUCUUUUUCAUGAACUGGACCUAUUUUACAAGCAGAUCGUCCUCAACCCUGUUUCUUUUACGCCGAUGGGAAUUUGCUCUCUUACACGACCCAUUAUUACCACGAUUUUUGGCGCUGUUACCACAUACAUAGUGAUAAUUUUACAAUUUAAGGCAUUAGAUAAACAAAGUUGGUAG